AUGCCGCCAUGUGAGAUCUGCAAAGUGGGCAUGCGCCGUGGCAGGGGCAAGGGUUGGUGUGACAACGUCCAUUGCCGUGAAGAAACAAAAGCGAGAGCAGAAGAAGACCGAGCCCAAAAAAGACAAAGGCGUGAAGAGAACCAUGUCGGUAGCAGAGGUCCUUUGCAAGGAGAAGGCAGCUACCGUAAGCAAAGGGCGCAGUUGCAAGCGGCUAGAUCUGAACAAGGUGCUGGCAGCAGAGGGCCCAUGCAAGAAGAAGGCAGCCGGCGCCAGCAACAACAGCAGUUGCAAGCGGCUAGAAUUGAGCAGGGUGCUGGCAGCAGAGGGCCCAUGCAAGAAGAAGGCAGCCGGCGCCAGCAACAACAGCAGUUGCAAGCGGCUAGAACUGAGCAGGGUGCUGGCAGUAGAGGGCCCAUGCAAGAAGAAGGCAGCUACCGUGAGCAAAGGGCGCUGUUGCAAGCGGCAAGGUGUGAGCAGGGCGCUGGCAGCCGGGGACCGAUAGCACAAGACUUUCUGCGAAGCUGGUGUCGAUUUGGCCUUUCUCGUGUUUGCCAGGUGUGCUUCACUUUGACGCCUGCGAGGCAUUGCUUGCUGAGCAAGACCACGGGACAGCUUGCCUGCAAGAACUGCCGGGAGAAACGGGGAGCGUUGAUCUUGCAGCCCUUGACAGCAACUCCGGAUGCUCUUCUCCAACUGCAGCCCCUUGAGCGCCAACUCCUUGCAAUGGCUCGCAUUUCACAGCGCCCAAUGGGGCAGAAUGUAUGCGGUGCUGAUGAGCCUCGAAUUUGCGAUGUCCUGGAAGGAGCCGAAAUUAAAGAAGAUGGCAGUGUGCACGUGGAGGGCGUCGAGGGUCUCACGCAAAGCCCAGCCAGACUUGGGUCUUUGUACCGUGGACUGCAAGCCCUACAGGCUCAACAUCGCGCCUAUCAAGGCAACCCAGCCGUCGACGAGGCAUUAGCAAAGAUGAAGCGCGCUCUGGACUUGCAGGCGAUCAACCAGGAAGUCGGGCCAGAGGACAUGCAGGAAGCCUGGCCAGAAGACCAAGAUAUAGAGCUGACGGCUGAUGCAGCUGAGCUCAACAAUGCGCGGCGUGGUGCAGAGCUUGAAGAUGAUGCUGAUGUAAAGUUCUUCCCGCACCUCUUUCCUGAUGGCGUUGGCGGCUGGCGCAACGCCAUCAGAACUUCAGCCAGUACGCGCGAAGGUGCUUGCUUGCAAACCAAAAAAUCAAAUAAAGAUAAGGACAUUGGCAGCCCGGAAUACAUUAUGUGGCUCCUGGAAAAGCAGAUGAAGAAACGCCUCACCGGCAACAUCAACGUGCGCAUCAGCAACCAACAGCGGCCAAACAGCCACUCCAACUAUGAGGACGCCAAGACAUUUGUGCACACUGCUUUGCGAGACAUGCCGGGUACACAGCCAUACCUCUUUGCCAAGAAGGGCACUGCCUUGAACAUGUAUGAGCAGUUGGGCCGCCCACAAUUCUUCCUUACGUUGACCUGCCAUGCCAGGCAGCCAGAACUACUGACCGCUGCGAUUGUAGCCCGCUUGCUGAGGCUUCGCCCGGAAAUUCCUGCCGACACGUUGGAGCGAGAAGCUGCCGAGAUCUACCACCAGCACUUCACCGCUGACGGCUUCAAGUGGGACGGCUUCACGGCCAAUGAGCUUUGCAAUAGCCAGCCUGCCAUCGUCGCCCGCCAGUUCACGCACCAAUUCAACCAGUUUAUGCGCUGGCUCACCUCAGACAAGGCCUUUCGCAUGAAGACCAAGCCAGAGGCCGACGCGCAGGAUGAGGAAGAGGACGACGGAGCAAGCGUGGCCCCCCCGAUCCAUGACGUGAUGGGAGAGCCACGCAGAGUGGAGAAAGACAAGGCGCCCUUCCACGUGCUCGACUACAUC